CUUUGUAUCAUUGACUAAGUCGACGAACUGCAGAGUGCACAACUACGGCCUCAAAUUGUACUGACACCAUAUUUCGACUUCUCUAUUGCAAAGUCGAUUUCAUACUUGGUGGACCACUCUCCGACCGGAACCAGUUUUCGACCAAAUCAGGCGCACGAAUCAACUAAUUUGACUCAAAUGACUGUGUGGCACGCCUCAAAAGUUGCGUUGCACUAUUAGCGCACCACCGGUCGCAACAUCGAGUACCAUUCCAAUAUUUCCCCGCUUUCAUCUUCAAUCCACCUCACCAUGGCGGAUUUUAUGCUAGAGAAUGACGAGGUGGGCAAGCAUGCGAGUGCAUUGGUUGCGCCACUCAACAUCCAAAAAUCCCCGAAGCGGUCCCGGAGCAGGCAACGGGGACACUCAAGACAGUCGUCUUCAAUAGGAGCCCCUUCGAUCAAGUCGCAGUCCCAUUCGCAGUCGCAAAUAUCUCCUCCGUUGACGCCACGAGCAUCAAGAGAUACGUUUCCUAAGGAGAUCCCCGCUCAGCCAGUCUUUCAUAACUACCUCCGCGCCUUUUACCAUUUCCACCCGAGCUCAACUGUCUCAUCGUCGACCGAUGAAUCCUCAAUUACCGUUCCCAUCAACCAAGGCGAUGUCAUCUUGGUGCACUCAGUGCAUCCCAACGGCUGGGCCGACGGAACUCUCCUAGCCUCUGGAGCUCGAGGAUGGCUCCCAACCAACUAUUGUGAGGCUUACGACCAUCCGACGAUUCGAAAUCUCCUGAAUGCCCUAACUCAUCUUUGGGACCUUGUCCGCGAUGGUGAGAAUGGCGACUUAGUAACGUUCACCAAGCAGGAUUAUGUAAGGGGUAUGAUCGCUGGCGUACGGUACUUUCUGGAAAGAACACAAUGUCUAACAAGGGAGGCAUCCCUCAUCCAGGCUCAUGUCGGUUUGCGGCGAAUGCGGAAGGGUCUGCUCGGUGACCUGUCAUCCCUAGUUAAGACUGCCAAGAAGUUGCAGGAGAUUCUCCAAAGUCACGAGUCUCCAGUGCCGGUAUUCGAGCUACUGGACGAGCUCGUGCUCAAGUCAUUCAAGCUUGUAACGAGAGCAGUCCGCUUCCUUGAUAUAUGGGCACAAGACGCGGUUUCGGUGUCGUUUGACUUCUCGGAUGCAGGCAAGAAUAGACCUCCGACCCCACCAUCUGACUCUGCCGAUCCUUCUGUGCAACCGCCGGCCACGUCGAAUCAAAACAAUGAAGACAGCGCAUCCGCGAAUGACGAUGCAUCUCCCGUGUCACAGGCGAGCACCACUGCAACGCGCGAGGAAUUAGACAGCGCGAAGACCCAGCCACCACGUAGCCUCAACCGUGCAUCUGUCGCCUUCUCUAUCCCCUCAGAGUCAGACUCUCCCCAAUCACCUCUCCCCCCAGCUCAGCCUCAAGGUCAGGCAAAACGCCUAUCUGUUACGCACCGUCUGUCAUACACCGGAAAGUCGCAGGGCCUGCGAAAACAAAACCUUGCCUCUGAGCGACUGAAUACUGCACACGACUCCUUCCUAGGUUUCAUCGGUUCAUUUAUUGGGUUGCACCUGCAAUCCCGCUCAUCUGAAGAGCUCACCCUAACAACACAGCAAUCAGUCGUCGCUUGCCGUCAACUUCUCACCGUCGUCGAAGAAGUAUGGGAACGCGACUCGCGAAGAUCCGAACCGCUGGAGCAAGCAAGGGAUAUGAUGUAUACGCGACUCACCGAGCUCGUUCAGGCCACGAAGGACAUGUUCAGCGCCUCGGAAUCUGGCGUAGGUGAGGACGUUGUCAUGCCAGACUCUGGAAAACAACUCGUCGCUGCUGCCACGAGCUGUGUGCGUUCCGCAGGCGACUGUGUCACGAAGGCCAGAUUUGUGAUCGAAAGGAUUGGUGACUUCGAGUUUGAGGAUACUGGCCUUGGACUUUCAGAGACAAUUUUCGAGAAAAUUGGCCAGGACGCCCAACCAAAGGUUGAGGUGCCUAAACAGCAAGAGCAGCACAUUGAAACCGAUAAACCACUUCCUGCACCACCAACAUCUGCACGCCAAAUCCCACCUCCUUUAGUCAUAUCAGAGUCAAAACCAUUACCAGAAGUCCCGGUUUCAUCUCCCUUAGAGAAUCAAAGGCUCAGCCUCCAGCCCAUCCACCACCCAGCCAUUGUUGAGAGCCCCACAGCUGUAUCCUUCAGGUCAUCAAGGUCUUCCUUACCGCCCCUAAAUCAACUUCCUAUUCCACACCUCCCUCAACCUAGCGCUUCAGAAUAUUCGCAGAGCCCGGCAAGCGCCACCCAAAGAUUCUUUUCCAAGGCUAUAAGAGCAGACAGUGUCAAUGCAUCCGUCGCAGACUCCAGCAGCACCUAUCGGAACAGCAUGCGAGGCGAGACGGGCAGCAUUAUCUCUCAAGCCUCAACCAGAGCGACCACCCCAGAUCACUCUCCAGCUAAGAAAGAAAGUUCCCAGACGAUAUCAAGCAGUUUCGGCAGCGCAUCGGAGCUUCGGUCCGUCGGAAGCGAAGACGUGUCGGCCGUUGAAGAGCAUCUCUUAGAAACGACUUACGCUCAUGAACUGAUCUACAAUAAGGAGGGUCAAAUCUCUGGCGGCUCUCUGCCCGCCCUGGUGGAGCAGCUGACAACUCAUGAAUCCACUCCGGAUGCCAUGUUUGUCACCGCCUUCUACCUUACCUUCCGACUCUUUACUACUCCAGUAGACUUCGCCCAGUGUCUCAUCGAUCGCUUUGAUUAUGUUGGUGAUAGCCAAUCAGUAGGAGUGCCGGUUCGGCUACGUGUCUAUAACGUAUUCAAGGGUUGGAUGGAGAGCCACUGGCUUGGCGAGAGCGACUCUGCAGCCCUUGGCAUUAUCCUCGCUUUUUCGACUGGCAAGCUACGGUCAACACUUCCUGCAGCUGGCAAACGUCUAGCAGAGUUGACUUCCAAGGUCACUGAAGUUCGUGCUGGAGCUCUUGUACCACGCUUAGUGUCAUCGCUUGGGAAGACUGGGAUUUCCAACACAGUCUUCACCCCUUCUGACAGCAAUGUCCCAAACCCUAGCAUUACGAAGAGCCAACUAAAUGCCCUCAAGAGCAGCAAAGAUGGGAAGACGCAUUGCAGCAUCCUCGACUUCGAUCCUCUGGAGCUUGCAAGACAGUUGACCAUUAUUGAGUCCAAGCUCUUCUGCUCCAUCCAACCCGAGGAGCUGUUGGCAUCCGAGUGGACGAAGAAGAACGGCUCCAGGGCAGUCAAUGUUCGUGCAAUGUCAACCCUCUCAACCGACCUUGCAAAUCUUGUAGCAGACACAAUCCUUCACCUUGAGGAUGCAAAGAAAAGAGCUAUUAUCAUCAAGCAAUGGGUGAAAGUUUCAUCUAAAUGCCUAGAACUAAACAACUACGAUUCGCUCAUGGCGAUUAUCUGCUCUUUGAACUCUUCAAUGGUUUUGCGGCUGAAGAAGACUUGGGAAUUGGUAUCUGGCAAGACUAAGGCACGUCUUGAGGAACUAAAGACGAUCACAGACGUCGGUCGAAACUAUGCUGUCCUCCGUCAACGACUCCAGAACCAUGUGGCACCCUGCAUCCCCUUUGUUGGUAUCUAUCUUACUGACCUUACUUUCGUUGACGUUGGCAAUGGCACGACGCGUCAGCUACCUGGCGAGUCUGGUCGCGAGAGUGUCUCUGUCAUCAACUUCGACAAGCAUAUGAAGACUGCCAAGAUCAUUGGCCAGCUCCAAUCAUUCCAGGUUCCAUACCGCCUCGCCGCUGUGCCCGAGAUGCAAGAUUGGAUGGAGACACAAAUCCAACGUGUCCGGUCAAGCGACCAAGCAAAUGUCCAAAGUUACUACCGUCGCUCGCUUCUUCUCGAACCCCGGGAUCCGCCACAGGUCGUGAAAGCCACACCGCCUCCUAUCGAGAACGCUCUCGAGAAGACUCUCACUGCUGAGUCUCGAAUCAACUCGAAGGACCGAUUCGAAUUCUUAAACUUUCAUUUCUCCUCAACAAACUCCGUUAAAGACAAACAAUAGACUUGUUCACGCGCUUCAACGCGCUUCAACGCGCGCAACAUUUGGAUCUCAGGCGAAAGAACAUCGAGGUCGGCCUCUCUCUCUUGGAUACUACCCACUGCACCUACUGCCCGUAGUUGCGGCAUUUAUCCCCGCGUGUGGGGUUAUUGUAUUUUCAUACCUACCCUUAGGCAUGUCUCAGACGAGCAUA